CUCUCUCUCUCUGAGUCUUGAGAUGAAGCUUUUAUAAAUCAAGCGGUGUGGAAGAUAGAGAUUAGACAAAGAGAAAACCAUCCAGUUUGUGUUUUAGUACUGUAUAUUUAUAGGUGGACUUGCUUUCCAUUCAGUUUUGCAUAUUCGAAAGCAUCCCAGCUCAAAGCCCCGAGCUUUUGUUACAUGGGUUUGGUUCGUUUUGCAUUUUGCUUCACCAUGAACGAGGAAGGCAGGGAUUGGACUGUUUGGUGCCAUUGAAGUUUGUCUUGGGUUUGUUGAAAGGAAUGAACUUUUUUUCUGUGAAAGGAUAUUAAAAGAAGUAGGAAGAAGAUGAAUACCAGAGUGAAGACACGGCUGCAGUCUAUGAAGCCUCCUCUGAAGAAUGAAAAAGUAAUGCCUCCUCUGAAGAAUGAAAAAGCGAAGGUAAAAAUGCAAGGGAGUAAGCUAAGGGAUACCGCAAAACCAAUCACCAAUGGACGAGCUUCAAGCAGAGAAAGAAAAUUGGCUUUACAACAAGACGUUGAUAAGCUGAAGAAGAAGCUUAGACAUGAAGAGAAUGUACACAGAGCUUUGCAGAGGGCAUUUACUAGACCCUUGGGAGCUCUACCUCGUCUACCUCCUUAUCUGCCUCCUUAUACAUUGGAGCUUCUAGCCGAAGUGGCUGUUCUGGAAGAGGAGGUGGUUCGGCUAGAAGAACAGCUAGUGCAUUUUAGGAAGGAUUUGUAUCAGGAAGCUGUCAACAUAUCAACCUCCAAGAGGAAAAUGGAAACCUCAGCUGAUUUGUGUGAUUCAUACCCCAUAAAGAAUCCCAAACAGGAGCAACCCAAAUCUCAAGCUCAAAGAGUAAACAAUUCUACCAAUGCCACUGAGAAGCAUUGGCCAUCCCCUUCUGAUGAUAAGCAGGGGAAAGAGAACCAAUCUUCUAACAAUUCUACGAAGAAGAAGAACGAGAAAUCUUUGAUCCACAAAGCUCAGGUUAGGACUCCAGUGAAGGGACCUCCAAUUGAUCACAAAACAGCAGAAAAGCGUUCAGAUCCUCAGAAACUACAGUUAGAAUAUAAAGUCAUGGACCAAGAAAGUGCACAAGUACCGGACAAAGAGAUGUCCGGAGAUGAAAGUCCCAACAAAAUUUCUGAAAACAUUCUGAAGUGCUUAUCAAGCAUUCUUAUGACAAUGAGUUCAGCAAAGGGCACUGCCGAAAGUUUACCUUCCUUCUCAACAUUAGCAGCUCAAGAAAAUAAUGAACCAAAAGAAUCUUGGGAUCCUUAUGCUAUUUGUUCCGAAUUUGGACAAAGAGAUAUCGGUCCAUAUAAGCAAUUACAUGCAAUUGAAGCUGAAACUAUUAAUCCAAACCGAACAGCAAAUGCUUUGUUCCUACUCCGAAGAUUGAAGCUACUGCUCCGAAAACUUGCGUCUGUAAAUUUACAACGUCUCAGUCAUCAGGAGAAGCUUGCAUUCUGGAUAAAUAUCUACAAUUCCUGCAUGAUGAAUGCAUUUCUAGAGCACGGAAUACCUGAGAGUCCUGAGAUAAUUGUUGCACUCAUGCAGAAGGCAACAAUAAAUGUUGGAGGACACUUGUUAAAUGCAAUUACUAUUGAACACUUUAUCUUGAGACUGCCUUAUCACUCAAAAUAUACCUUAUCCAAGGGUACAAAAAAUGAUGAGAAGACAGCAAGAAGCAUUUUUGGAUUGGAAUUAUCUGAACCUUUGGUCACAUUUGCACUAUCAUGUGGAAGCUGGUCCUCCCCUGCUGUGAGAGUGUAUACUGCAUCCCAAGUUGAAAAUGAACUGGAAGUGGCAAAAAGAGAGUACUUACAAGCUGCAGUUGGAAUUUCAUCAACUAAAUUUGCAAUUCCAAAACUCUUGAACUGGUAUCUGCCUGAUUUUGCAAAGGAUAUAGAGUCACUGCUAGACUGGAUCUGCCUUCAGCUACCAAGUGAACUGGGAAAAGACGCAAUUAAGCUGCUUGAAAGAGGGAAAAAUGAGCCUCUUUCACAGGUUGUUCAAAUUAUACCUUAUGAGUUCAGUUUUAGGUACCUCGUGUCCGCAUGAUCAAGUUUUUGCGCUCUCUGCAAAUUAUUGUUUUACAUUAUUGUAAGGGUGUUGGGGGUUGAUUUUGUACAUAGCUAUAGGCUUAUAUCAAAAUUACAUGAAUAAUAUCUGCUCUCUUGUAACUUGUAAGUAAUCAUGAGAUCAAUGGAUCGGGUUUAUGUCAAAA